GUGCAAGUAAGCCGAAGCACAAGACACUAGAAACUAACAGAAUUAGGCUAUCACUCUUAUCUACGUACUAGAACAUCGCCGAGACGGAGAUCCCGCCGCCACAGAACGGACCGGAAACUUUGGUUUGCUAAGCUUUUGGGGGUGGAUGGAGUCCGUGGUAAAUGGAUGGGUUUGCCAAGGUUCUUGCUCUUGUUCUUGAUAAUGAGAUGAGGUUGAGAUUUUGGUAUUCUGUGUAUCUCUUUCUUUUGUUGAUAGGUCGGUUGGUGGUGUAUAAUUGUAGUGAUUAUAGUUGGAGUCUUCUAGUUGAUGUUGGUAGCUAAUAUAGCCCUGUCGGUCCUUUCUAGAACUGAUCGGCGCGUCACUGCAAACAUGCAGACACUGCUCCACCGGCAUAAGUCAGUCUAGUGUCAUUGUUUGCCUGGAUAAACGGCUCCCUCCCCUGGCCACCACCAUGUCAAUUUCUGCUUUGAAAUCGCGCACCCAAACGACGUCUGGAUAUAAAUACCUGGCAAAUUCGCUCGACUUCUGGUUGUAUCCUCAUCAUCGCAUUCUUGUUCUGUUUGUUCUUCAUUGCUCACCAUUGUUCUCAUCGCAUAUAGACUUGCUAUUUCCAAUUCAUACUUCCUAAACUCUAAUACUAUUUACUACAACGACUACUACUACCAUGGCUACCACCCCCGGACAACGUCUCUUCCCUGUGGUCGUCGACCACCUCGCCCAGACCAACCCAGCUCAGCGCAUCGGUCUCAUCCCCAAGGGUGCUGAUGUCUCUGAUGGCUAUGAUACUGUGACCGUCCAGCGUCUGGCCCGCGCGGUGAAUGUCUUUGCUUGGUGGAUUGAGAAGCAGAUCGGACGCGCCCAGAAGCCAGAGACCAUUGCUUACAUGGCUAGCAAUGAUGUGCGAUACUUGAUUUUCCUCUUGGCCGCUCAUAAGACGGGAUACAAGCCCCUCCUCCCCUCUACUCGUCUUUCCGACGACGCCUACCAGCACAUCCUCAACGCCACCGACUGCCACGCCUUCUUCUACACCCCCGAAAAGCAGCGCCGCGUGUCUGAAAUUCAGGCCUUCCGUCCGGAUACUGCCUUCCAUGAGGUGCCCUCUAUCGCAGAGCUUUUCAGCACCACUGCUCAGCCCUACCCCUACACCAAGACCUACCAGGAAGCGGAGGACGAUGUCGCCAUCAUCAUCCACAGCUCCGGCACAACAGGCAUGCCUAAACCCGUCCCCCUGACGCACGGCUUCCUCGCCACCCUCGACUACGGCGCAUACAUUUCGCGUCCCCAAUCCCGCCAAUCCACCAUGUUCAACGACCUCCAGCCCGACACCCUCGUCCUCUCCACCACCCCCUUCUUCCACCUUAUGGGUCUGCUCGCCUUCGCCGAAUCCCUCUUCCACCACAUCCCCUUUGUCGUUCUCCCCGACAAGCCUCUCUCCGCCGACCUCCUCACCUCCGUCAUCACCGCCACCAAGCCCGCGGCCGCCAUGCUGCCCCCUUCCCUUCUCGAAGACAUGUCCCACGUCCCAGCUGCCCGCGCCGCACUCAGCACCCUCGAAAAUGUCUACUUCGCUGGCGCCCCUCUCUCCCCGGAAGUCGGCGAUGAUCUGUCCCAGCUGACCAAGAUCAUCACUGUCAUCGGAUCCAGCGAAAUGGGCCUGAUCUCCUCGUUCGUGCCCCAAGGCACAAAUGUGUGGGGCUACUUCGACUGGAACCCCGCCUACGGAGUAGACAUGCGACAUGUCAGCGACGAUAUGUAUGAGCUUAUCAUCCCCCGCCGCGCAAACAGUCGCCGAAUUCAUGGCAUCUUCCACACCUUCCCAGACCGCACCGAGUACCGCUCCAACGACCUCUUCACCCGACACCCCGAGCACCCUCACCUGUGGAAAUACCACGGCCGACUUGACGACGUGAUCGUUCUCAGCAACGGCGAGAAACUGAACCCCGUCACCCUGGAGAAGAUCGUCGAGGGGCACCCGCGCGUGCAGCGGGCUCUGCUCAUCGGCCAAGCCCGCUUCGACACGGCCCUCAUCAUCGAACCCAACUCGGCUCUCGAGGGCGAGAACAUCGACGAAAAAGCCUUUAUCGAGAGCAUUUGGCCCACCGUGGAGCGCGCGAACGAAGCCGUCCCCAAAUACGGCCGCAUCGCAAAGACCAGGAUCCGUCUCUCUGACCCCAAGAAGCCCUUCCAACUGACCCCCAAGGGCACCACGAAGCGCCACGCCGUGAACAAGGACUACAAAGACGAGAUCGACGCCAUCUACGCAGCAGCCGAGGAAGAAUCAGCCGCCGUCGAGCUCCCUACCACCCUCACCACCGACAACCUCCGCACUUUCGUCCGCUCCCUCAUCGCCAACCUCCUCGACCGCACUGACCUCCGCGACGACGAGGACCUCUACGCCGCCGGCCUGGACUCGCUGCAAACCAUCCAGCUCGCCAAAACCCUUAACAAGGCCGUCGUGGCCGGCGGGGUAGCCGGCGGCCACGACAUCUCCCAGCAGCAGAUCUACGCCAACCCCUCCGUAUCCCAGCUCGCUGCGUACCUACACGACCUAGUGACUGGCAACCUGCGCACAACGACCAUCUCCCGCGCCGACCGCAUCGCUGCCACCAUCGACAAAUACACCUCCCAGCUCCCGCACCGCACCACGCCCGCCGUCCCUGCCCCGGCCAACUCCACCGUGAUCCUCACCGGCUCGACCGGCUCCCUGGGAACCUACCUCCUACACAGCCUGCUUACCGACCCAAAGGUCGCAAAAGUCUACUGCUUCAACCGGUCCGAUGCGGCCGAGCGCCAACAGCGCAGCUUCGCCGACAAGGGUCUGGAUACUGCGCUGCUCAACCCCAGCCGGGUGGAAUUCCUCACUGUGUCAUUUGGCGCGCCCCGCUUCGGCCUGAGUGAGACCAAGUACGCCGAUCUCCUGGAGACCGUGGACUUCAUUAUCCACAACGCAUGGAAAGUCAACUUCAAUCACCCGCUGGAGUCGUUCGAGGACCCGCAUAUCAAGGGCGUGGUGGAGUUUAUUUCCUUCAGUGUGAGGAGCAAGUACAAUGCACACUUGUCGUUCGUGUCCAGUGUGAGUACCAUCGGUGGAUGGACGGAGAAGUUGGGCCCCGUGGUGCCGGAGACGCCGGUGGAGAGUGUCGAUGCGGUGCUGGUGCAGGGAUACGGCGAGUCGAAGUUCGUCGGGGAGAGGUUGUGUCUGGCUGCGUCGGAGGGGAUGGGUGUGCCCACGACGGUGUUUAGGGUUGGGCAGAUUUCCGGGCCGACGACUGAGAAGGGCAUGUGGAAUUUGGAUGAGUGGGUGCCUACGUUGGUGAAGACCAGUAAGGCGGUUGGAAAGGUGCCGGCGGAUUUGGGUGGGUAUGAGGUUGAUUGGGUGCCUGUUGAUACCCUCUCCACCAUCACCACCGAACUCAUGCACACCCGCCGCCAAACCCAAUCCGCUACUCCACACGCCGUCUACCACCUUGUCAACCCCUGCAAGACUCCCUGGGCGACCCUCGUCCCCGCCGUUCAGGCCAAAUACCCCGGUAUGCAGACGGUGCCGCUAGACCAGUGGCUGGACGAGCUGGAGGCGAUCAAGUCGCCGUCGGAGACCGAGGUGCGCGAGAAGCCCGCGCUGAAACUGCUUGAUUUCUACCGCGGACUCGCGGGCGAGGUGCUCUCGGCCAGUAUUAGUGUGGAGCAGACGCGCGGGGGCAGCAAGACCAUGGAGGGAUUGGGGGCUGUGACAGGCCAGUUGAUGGGGAAUUGGUUGGGGCAGUGGGAUUUCUGAAUCCCUUGCUGAGAGGAAAGCCUAUGAUUAUUGUGCUGUAAGGGUUCAUUAUGCUUUGUGAUUGGGUUUAUUUUAGCGAAUGAUAGAUUUGAAUUAGAUAGACAUGCAUAACAUUCCUGAUG